AUGGGCAUCGGCCCCUUGGGUGAAUCAGUGGCACAGGCAGCUCAGAAAUCAACCUGGAUGCCCAAAUCCAGCCACGAGUCCAGGUUUGCCCUGACCGCUGCCAAUAUCAACCAGAGAAACAGCCUGGGAUCUGCCCCAGGUAAGGCAGAGCAGUGCGGGAGGCUGGUCAUGUCCCUCGGACCGGCUCCCCUGCUCCCUGAGCCCUGCGGCCACCCCACACAGAGGAUGUCUUUGGAGCCAGCGUCGGAUGCUGACACUGGCAGGCGAGGCCUCAAGAAGCCGUGUUCAUUCAGCAUCGAGGACAUUCUCUCCAGCCCAGCAGAGAAGAGCCCCCAGGUCCUGGUCCCGCUGUGCCUGCGGGGCAUCUUGGACUGCACGCCCAAGGGGCUGUGUGAGCUGGAGGCCGUCCCGGCCAGCUCCCUGCAGGAGGAAGAAGAGGAGGAGGAGGAAGAGCUAGAAGGGGCAGGCUGCAACUGCUGCUGCUGUUCUCACACGAGCACCCGUUCCCGGCAGGACUUGCCGAGUUGGCUGGACACCCAGUUCCCCUGGCCCAUGCAGCUCUUCCACUCGGCGGUCAGGGUCUGCAAGAGUUCCCAGGGGAGCCCGAGCAAGCUGCAGACUUUCCACCAGAUCCAGCGCCGGACGCGCCGGCAUCGCACCAUAUUCACCGAGGAUCAGCUGCAGGCCCUGGAGACGCUUUUCCAUCAGAACCAGUACCCAGACGUCAUCACCCGCGAGCACCUGGCGAACCGCAUUCACUUGAAGGAGGAGAGGGUAGAGGUUUGGUUUAAAAAUCGGCGGGCCAAGUGGCGGCAUCAGAAGAGGGCGUCUGCUUCAGCACUGAUCCUUCAAGGCACCAAGAAGCCCUCUGAGGAGAGCUGUUAG